AGACGUCUAUUUCAUUCUCGUACUUGUACUCGUUUUUUUUUUUUUUCUUGAUACCUGAUUAGACUUAUUGGCAUGCUAUAACUUUAAUUAAGGGCAAUCCAUAUUCUUACUUACUGAGUUAUCUCACAGAGUUUUUCCUCGUCCACCAUUUCAGACAAAGCGAAGGAAACCAUGGGAAUGGAUGCAGACCCUUUUCCAGCUGUGUCUGUCGACGUGAAUGUUGCAGACCUCAGGAGUGUUGCUAGAAAUCGUAGUCUGCCUUAUGCUCAAAGGAACCUUGCUGCUGAAGACUUAAGGUGGGUGCUUGAGGCACAGAGAUCCAAACAUAGUAGGAGUGUCAGGUCAGACCAACAGAGACUCGGGGGGCAAGGAAGGAUCAUUGUGAUCAGGAACUUUAGCCCAGAAGGUGCCAGACGUUAUUCAACUGGUACUAGAUCUCCAAGGAUGGUCAAACCGCCACUUAGGUCACCUUCCAGACGGUGGGAGAAAGUCAAUCAUCCCAAGUUUGCAGCCCAGAAUCCCAGAACCUUGAGGUGUAGACUGCAGCGUAAGAGGGCUGACGAGCGAAAAAGGCAACAGAAGCAGGUGGAGGCUGAGGGAAGUUCAUCUCCCAAACCACGCCAACCUACAAAAAGGAACAUGGUGUGGGUGAGAAAAGAGAAAAAUGAGGCUGUAACCCAGAAUCUGCUAAAGGGGAAUGACCAAUCUCCAGCCUCUGCAAAGGUAGCGUCUCUCAUUGUGAGUCAAGACGGAGUUUUGAAAGCAACUUUUGAAGCACAAGAACAGUCUGGGAAUCAUGGAUCUGAAUCAAAAGACGAUGGCACUAUUCAUUUUGGGGAAUUCUCAACAGAAGAAGAGGUAAUUGUUGUUCUAGCUCAAGAUGAUGAAGAGAAGGACAUGGCUGACAAAAUUGUGUUUGAAAAACCAGAAGAAAAGAUUGCCAAACACAUUAGGCCACUUUAUAUCAAUGCUCACAUGGAUGGGACUCCAAUCAGCCGUGUCUUGGUAGAUAAUGGAGCUGCAGUCAAUGUCCUUCCAACUUGCAUGCUCUACAAAAUAGGCAAGUCUCUUGAUGAUUUAGUGCAUACUGAGGUUACCAUUAGUGAUUUUACAGGAGGGGUGAAUCGUUCAAGGGGUGUGCUGCCUGUUGAAUUAACAGUGGGAAAUAGGACACUGAUGUCUGCAUUUUUUGUGGUGGAUACUGUUGCUACUUAUAAUGCACUUUUGGGGCGUGACUGGAUUCAUUCAAGUUGGUCUGAAAUUGUUCAUGAAGGUGAGGAGGCAGACCAAGGUGAUGAAAUAACUUUGGAGGAGCUGGAUCUGGCCCCAGCCAAGUUGGAUGAUUUAAAAGUUGAAGUUCAAGACCCACUGGAGGAGAUCAAUCUAGGGUCUGAAAGUGAACCAAAGGUAACAUUUAUCAGCGGCUCUCUUGAGCCGCAGACACGAGGUCAAAUUGUCAGACUUUUGCAUGAAUUUAAAGACUGUUUUGCUUGGGAUUACUUAGAAAUGCCAGCUACACCAAAGGAUGAGUAUCCUAUGCCAAUUGCAGACUUGUUGGUUGAUGGAGUAGCCCGUCACAAAAUUCUAUCUUUCAUGGAUGGUCAUAGUGGGUACAACCAAAUUUUCAUUGCAGACGCAGACGUUCCUAAGACAGCCUUUCGAUGCCCAGGUGCUGUUGGAACUUUUGAAUGGGUUGUGAUGCCAUUUGGUCUGAAGAAUGCUGGAGCUACUUACCAAAGAGCCAUGAAUGCAAUUUUUCAUGAUAUGAUUGGUAAAUUCAUGGAAAUCUAUAUUGAUGAUGUUGUGGUGAAGUCACAUGGCGAAGCAGACCACCUGGUCCAUUUGAGGAAGGCUUUUGAGAGGAUGAGGCAACAUGGCUUGAAAAUGAACCCACUAAAGUGUGCCUUUGAAGUGUCUGCGGGUAACUUUUUCGGGUACUUGGUGCAUGAGCGUGAUCUAGAGGUUGACAAGAACAAAGCCAGGGCUGUGAUUGAGGCAAAACCACCACAGAACAAGAAGGAGUUGCAAAGAUUUCUUGGCCAAGUUAAUUUCUUAAGACGUUUCAUUUCUAACUUGGCUGGGAAAACCAGAGUCUUUUCUGCUCUAUUGAAACUCAAGUUUGAGGCGGAUUUUAAGUGGGAAGAACACCACCAGUCUGCCUUUGAUAUGAUAAAGCGAUACUUAUCCAGACCACCAGUACUUGUACCGCCUGUGAAAAAUAAGCCUUUAAUUUUGUAUAUAUCCGCCGCAGACGAGUCCAUAGGAUGUCUGCUGGCGCAGGGAAAUGAUAAAAAACAGGAGCAGGCUAUGUAUUACUUGAGUCAAUGUUUGACCCAGACCGAAGUGAAAUACUCUUCGGUUGAAAAGUUGUGUCUUGCUCUCUUUUUUGCUGCAAUAAAAUUAAGACAUUAUUUGAUUUAUUUUGAGGUGUAUGUGGUUGCCAAGACUGAUAUUGUCAAAUAUAUGUUGUCCUGCCCUUUGUUAAGAGGCCGAAUAGGUAAAUGGAUUCUGGCCUUGUCUGAAUUUAAUUUGAAGUAUAUACCACAGAAGGCUGUCAAAGGGCAGGCACUGGCAGACUUUCUUACAGAUCAUCCAUGUCUGGAUGUGGAAGCAGACGAAGAAAAAGGGAUUAACUUGUUUUCAAUAAGUUUAGUUCCCUGGAAACUUAUUUUUGAUGGGUCUAGUACAGAAACCAUGGCUGGAGCUGGAGUCGUGGUAAUCUCCCCGUUUAGGCUGAAAACACAGAUGUCUUUCCAGCUGGAUAUUGAUUGCACAAAUAAUCAAGCAGAAUAUGAUGCUUUGAUUAUUGGUUUUGAGAUAUUGGUGGAGCUUAAGGUAUCCAUGGUUGAGGUUAUAGGGGACUCACAGUUAGUCUUGAAGCAAUUGUCUAGUGAGUACAAAUGUACUAGCCUUGCUUUAGCCCCUUAUUUUGCCUUGGCUGUGCAAUUGCUGGAAGAGUUCGAUGAUGUGUCCAUCAGACACGUCUCUAGAGACCAAAACUAUGAAGCUAAUGAAAUGGCCCAGAUUGCUUCAAGUCUGCGAAUUCCUGAAGGUGUGAUGCAGAAAGUUUACCUUAAGGAUCAAAGUAGUAAGGUAUCUAGGAAAACCAAAAUGCAAGCUCUCAAUUAUGUUUUGAUCGAGGAUGUACUUUAUAGGAGAGGCAAUGAUGAACUAUUGCUGCAUUGUCUGGGUCCAGAUGAAAGUUUCCAGAUGCUGUCUGAUGCCCAUGAUGGGAUUUGUGGAGCACAUCAGGCUGGGAUCAAGAUGCGCUGGUUAAUUCGCAGACAUGGUUUCUUCUGGUCGUCUGUCCUAAAAGACUGUAUUGCUUAUGCUAAGGGCUGCAAAUCUUGUCAGAUCCAUGGGCCACUUGAAAGAGUUCCAGCCUCUGAACUUAAUUCUAUUGUGAAACCAUGGCCAUUUCGAGGUUGGGCUAUUGACUUAAUUGGUAAGGUGUAUCCUCCUUCAUCAAAAGGUCAUUCAUUUAUUAUAGUGGCAACGGAUUAUUUUACCAAAUGGGUGGAGGCUAAACCAAUGAAGAAGGUAAACCAAUAUGAUGUAAUCAAGUUCAUCAAAGAGGACAUUAUUCACAGAUUUGGUCUACCAGAAACAAUUACAAUAGACCAAGGCACAGUUUUUGUCAGUCAUCAAGUGGAAGCAUUUGCAAAGGAAAUGGGUUUCCGUCUAUUAAAUUCUACCCCUCAUUAUGCACAAGCUAAUGGGCAGGCAGAGGCUUCUAAUAAGGUGGUGAUUAAUUUUCUUGAAAAAAUGGUGGAUGACAAUCCUAGACGCUGGCAUGAAUUAUUGUCUGAAACAUUGUGGGCUUAUAGAACUUUUGCCUUGACAUAUGGCCAUGACGCAGUCUUGCCAAUGGAGCUAACAGCCAGGUCUUUAAGAGUGGUGAUUCAGCAUAAUCUUCAGUCUGGAGAAUAUGAUGAGGCCAUGAUGCUUGAGCUUGAGAACCUUGAAGACUCACAUUUGACAGCUUUGGAUAAAUUUCAAGCUCAAAAACUCAAAAUUGCAAAGUCUUACAACAAGAGGGUAAAAGGUAAAAAUUUGGUAGUUGGUGACUUGGUCUGGAAAGCAAUUUUACCUCUUGGCAAGAAAGAUCACAGAUUUGGGAAAUGGUCCCCAAAUUGGGAAGGACCAUUCCGAAUUCAUGAAGUGUUGAGAGGGGGUGCUUAUUGGUUUGAGUCACUUGAUGGAGAGCUACAUCCCAAAAAAAUCAAUGGAAUUCAUCUCAAACCUUAUUUCCUCACAGUCUGGGAGGCAGGAGGCUUAGAGUUCCAAGAAGCUGUCUGAGCCAGGUUUAUACUUUUGUCUGUGCAUAAAUAAAUUAAUUUGCUUUCA